GUUUGGGUUAAAAAGAUCGCGAAUUCGACAAUCGAAGAGCGACAGAACACGAGGGAAGGCAGGCAAGGCGACCGACCGACCCAGGCCGUCUACAUCCUUCACAGGUCCGCGUCACAAGCCGACAGAGGCUAUAGCGGUGUCCAGCUCGAACUGAGCAUCCAUCAAACGCGAGCAGAACAGAGCAGAGGAACGGUUCCUCUGCAUCUCCUCCAGAGCCAAUCACAGCGAGGCUUCACGUGCUCGAUCUGCUCAGCUCAAGGACGUAACAACGGUCUGACCUCACCCGCCGCUGUUGCUUAUCCCAAAUCACGCGGUCCCGGCUGCCAUCUCUCGACUUGGCCGUACAAACCGUGUCUGACCAGAGAUUCUCGUGAUACGUGUCGAUCGUCACUUCGAACGCGUUCAUCAUGGUACUCAUCCUCUCGGGGCGCUCUGCAGGAUUUCGUCAAGCUUUCCAUCUUUGGAACCGUGUUUGAAGUCACGACACGCUAUGUUGACUUACAACCGGUCGGCAUGGGCGCAUUCGGUCUCGUCUGUUCUGCCAAAGACCAGCUGACCAACACAUCCGUUGCCAUCAAAAAGAUCAUGAAGCCAUUCUCAACGCCCGUGCUCGCCAAGCGCACCUACCGUGAACUCAAGCUGCUCAAGCAUAUCAGGCACGAGAACAUUAUCAGUCUCAGCGAUAUCUUCAUAUCACCCCUCGAGGACAUCUACUUCGUCACCGAGCUCCUUGGCACGGAUUUACAUCGACUGCUCACCAGUCGGCCGCUAGAGAAGCAAUUCAUUCAAUACUUCCUAUACCAGAUUCUCCGCGGCUUGAAGUAUGUGCACUCAGCAGGCGUUGUGCAUCGCGAUCUGAAACCGUCCAACAUCCUCGUGAACGAGAACUGCGAUCUCAAGAUCUGCGACUUUGGUCUCGCGAGAUUACAAGACCCUCAGAUGACGGGCUACGUCUCCACUCGAUACUAUCGGGCGCCAGAGAUCAUGCUGACCUGGCAAAAAUACGACGUCGCUGUCGAUAUCUGGUCGGCCGGCUGUAUCUUUGCAGAAAUGCUCGAGGGGAAGCCUCUGUUCCCAGGCAAAGAUCAUGUGAAUCAAUUUUCGAUCAUUACAGAGCUACUCGGUACACCACCAGAAGACGUCAUCCAAACGAUCUGCAGCGAGAAUACACUACGGUUCGUGCAAUCACUACCUAAACGCGAAAGAAUUCCCUUUUCGCACAAGUUCAGGAAUGCAGACCCACUCGCUCUGGACCUGCUAGAACGAAUGCUCGUUUUCGAUCCGAAGAAGCGUAUCACAGCAGCACAGGCGCUCGCGCACGAGUACCUUGCGCCCUACCAUGACCCAACGGAUGAGCCCAUUGCGGAAGAGGCAUUUGAUUGGUCAUUCAACGAUGCCGAUCUCCCAGUCGAUUCGUGGAAGGUCAUGAUGUACUCAGAGAUCCUCGACUUCCACCAGAUAGAGACGCCCGCAGAGACAGCAGAGGAGACUCCUUCAUGCACGCUCAAAGGUCUGUCAUUCGGCUCUAGACAGCGUAGCAAAUCAGCACAUGGGCUAUCGGGAUGGGUCCAAGAACGACAAAGCAUGUACAUAUCAUCACCACACGAUGCAAGGUCCUUUUCGGUGGAAAUUCGGACUCAUGCGCGCGACAUGUUGGUGCAUUAA